CUGCGGCUCUUGCGGAUGUUAGGUGACGUCAGCACGCGGAUGACGUGUAAGAGUCUCGCGCGAGGGGCGGAGUGACACCGGGAAUAAAAUUUAAAGAAAGGAAAAAAAGGAAGAAACUAAAAUCCCCGGAUCAGAGACGGGAAUCGGGGUGCGGACCAGCGCGCGCUGCGGGGAAGAGCUUCCGGGAACAGAACCGGAGAGACAUAAAGAGGAGCGCGCGCUGAGGGUGACUGAUACCCGGGCGGAAUUUAUUAUCGGAGACAGAACCGAGCGCGAGGAGGAGGAGGAGGAGGACAGAAGGAAGGACAGAGCAUCCAUCAUCCAUCAUCUGCGGGCAAACCGUCGAUGUGUUAUUAAACACCGAACAGUUACACAACCUGACACACACACACACACACACACACACACACACACACAGACAGACAGACGCGCGCGCGCUCCAGGGUUGAUGAGCCGCAGUUCUCUCCGUGCGCCUCGGUAUCAGUACCGGUUCCGUUAGUACCGGGAGAGUGGAUGGGAAACGUCAGCGCGCGGCCUCGAUAAACUCACGAGCGCAACGGAAACGGAACGCGGAUUACCGGAUAUUAUCGUAUUAUUAUUAUUAUUAUUGUUAUUGUUAUUAAUCUCAGUAAGGGGCAGGGGACUGCAGAGGAACAUGUCGGGACAGACGCUAACGGACCGGAUCGCCGCGGCGCAGUACAGUCUGACCGGUUCCGAGGUGGCGCGCGCUGUGUGCAAGGCCACCACGCAUGAAGUCAUGGCACCCAAGAAAAAACACCUGGAGUAUCUGAUCCAGGCCACACAGGAGUCGAACGUGAACAUCCCUCAGAUGGCCGACACGCUGUUCGAGCGAGCAGGGAACGCCAGCUGGAUCGUGGUGUUUAAGGCUCUGGUCACUACACACCACCUGGCGGUCCAUGGGAACGAGAGAUUUAUUCAGUUUCUCGCCUCCAGAAACACGCUGUUCAACCUCAGCAACUUCCUGGAUAAGACUGGGUCACACGGUUACGACAUGUCCACCUUCAUCCGGCGCUACAGCAGGUACCUGAAUGAAAAAGCGUUUUCCUACAGACAGAUGGCCUUCGACUUCGGCCGAGUGAAGAAAGGAAAUGAUGGUGUAAUGAGGACGAUGGCUACAGAUAAACUCCUGAAGGGAAUGUCCACGCUGCAGAAUCAGAUUGAUGCCCUGCUGGAGUUUGAUGUUCAUCCUAAAGAUCUGAUCAAUGGCGUCAUCAACGCUGCGUUUCUACUUCUCUUUAAAGAUCUGAUUAAAUUAUACGCCUGUUACAAUGAUGGCAUUAUUAAUUUACUAGGUAAGAAAUGUUACGACAUGUCCACCUUCAUCCGGCGCUACAGCAGGUACCUGAAUGAAAAAGCGUUUUCCUACAGACAGAUGGCCUUCGACUUGCCGAGUGAAGAAAGGGCCCCUGAGAGUCUGCUGGAGUCUUUGGAGACACACCUGAACACACUGGAGGGGAAGCGGGGUGAUGAGUCACCCACUAAGAAAAGUUCUUCAGUCAGUAAUGGAACUCCUGCAGGAACUCCACUGAAGACAGUGGAUGAAGGUCCUACAAUAGCAACAGCAGAAGCUCACAACAAUACUGUGACUGCAGCUAAAGCCAGUGGUUUCAGCGAUUUGGUGGAUUUUGACGUGUUAGCUCCGAGUGCAGGUGCUUCAGCAGCUCCAGCAUCUGUGUGGGGAGAUCUGCUGGGUGAGGCUGCUGUUAGUUCCUCUGCACUCCUUUCUGAGUCUGAAUCUGUUGCUUCUGCUGAAGUUGCUGAAACGAGUCAUGCUGCUGCAGCUGAACCUGUGGCUAAUGCUAACGCUACUGCUCUGCCUAGCGCCGGUGUUAAUGCUAAAGCUAACGCUGCAGCUCCUGCGCCGACAUCCUCCCUGUCAGACAUUGACCUGUUCGGAGAUGCAUUCGCCCCUUGCCCAGGUGAUGGAUUAGUUGAGGGUGGAACCCCAGCUGUGGCUACUGAUUCCUUCACUGGAUCUGACCCUUGGGCUCCCUCUGAGGGGAGUGUGGAAGUGGCCCCAGAGCUUGAUCUUUUUGCCAUGAAGCCAGCAGAGGGCAGCACUGAGAGCCCAGCUAACGGAGAGCCGAGCACCACGCCCACUGUCACCCCUGAAAAUGCCCCUGAAACCACCCCUCCUGCCCCCUCUGCCCCCACCACAGAGUGUGUGGCCCCCCUGGCCCCUGCAGCGCUAGACAUCUUUGGCGAUAUGUUUGAUUCUGUGCCUGAACAAAACUCCUCCUCAGAGCCCAAAGCUGCUGUAACUCCCACUAACGUAGAUCUAUUCGGUGCAGAUCUUCCUGCUGUUUCUCGAGGGCCUUCACCUUUACCUGAUGCUUCACUCACUGCUGAUCUGUUAUCUGACUCGUUCAUCACUUCGACUCCGACCCCGACUCCAGCUCUCACUGCAGCUUCUCUGUCUCCACCCAAACCUGAGGCUCCUGUGUUGGACCUGCUGGACACUUUUGGAGAACCUGCAGUGGAACCCAAAAGCUCUACAUCUACAGGAGAUCUGCUCGGGGGUCUGAUUUCCCCCGUUGCCCCCAUUGCCACUCCAGUUCCCAUGGUAACUACAGCAUCUGUUGCCGCGGGCGACCUGCUGGAUUCAGGCUUUGAUGAUUUUGUUCCACCUCCUGCCGGCUCUGUGACCUCUGACCCUGUGCCCACCUCUACAGCACCCUCUGGAGUAUUUAAUCCAUCAGUGUUUGAUGGAUUAGGGGACUUUCUCAUGCCCUCCAUAACCCCUCAGAGUACCGGAGGCAGUGGUACUCCUAUAGUUCCUGCAGCGUCUCCUCUGAUUACUGCAGCAACGGUUCCUGCGAUCGCUUCAGCAGCCACACCCUCUGCCACGCCCAUCGCCACACCCACCACGAUGCCCACUGCCAGUCUGUCUGCUAAAGCCAUCAGUAUAGAUCUGGAUGAAUCACUCGCAAACCUGGUUGGAAAUCUUGGGAUGGGAAGUCAAAAAAAAGACAGUGAGAAGAAGCUGACAGGUGGAGUGAACUGGACCCCUCAGGUUGCCCCCACCAGCUGGAGCUCAUCACCCAUGGCUGGAGCAGCAGCUGGAGCGCCACCUGCUGGAGCCAUGCCUACACCCAUGGGGGUGCAGCCUGCAUUCAGCCUGCCCCCUGCAGGGGGUGUUGGAGCUCCCAUGAUGCCUCAGCAGGUGAUGAUGGGGCAGUCGAUGAUGAGGCCGUCCUUCGCUGGAGCAGCUGCACCAUUAUCUCCAGGUCCUGCAGUUCAGAGCCCCAAGAAACCACAGACUAAAGACCCGCUGGCCGACCUCAACAUUAAAGACUUCUUAUAUUCCUGCAGUUGGCCCCGCCUCUUCUUUAAAACCACAGCACUGUGUGUGUGUGUGCGUGCGUGUGUGUGUGUGUGUGCGUGUGUGUGCGUGUAUCCUCAGUUAUCUCCAGGUCCUGCAGUUCAGAGCCCCAAGAAACCACAGACUAAAGACCCGCUGGCCGACCUCAACAUUAAAGACUUCUUAUAAUCUGUGAAUAUUUUUGGAAGCGAUUUUGCUGAAAGCUGAUUCGCUGAUCGUUUACACCCACAUACACCUGAAGUUCCUGCAGUUGGCCCCGCCUCUUCUUUAAAACCACAGCACUGUCUGUGUGUGUGCGUGCGUGUGUGUGUGUGUGUGUGUGUGUGUGUGUUGUAGCACAAACUGUGAAGUACUUUGUACAAAAA